CAUUAUUAAUACAGGGACGGCCGACAUACGGCCAGUGAAAAUACGACUAUGAUUUUUAUCAAGAGGGUCCUCUAGAGAGUAAAAAGAACUUGGUUCUCUAGAGAGCAACAAUUUCUUCUUACUUCUGUCACCGCAAGACUUCCUCCAUCUAAGCUAAUAAAAAUGAAGAAAAAACAUUUUUUCCAAGCUCUACUUGUACAUUUGUUGUUGCUGAGCUUCUUGGACACGACGGCUGCAUCAGAGCAUCAGCUUCUCGGCCUUGAGAACAGUCCCCUGACGGAGGUGACGGCGGUGGUGGGGGGCGACGCUUCCCUGCCCUGCCCCAUCCACCCCCACCCCCCCGACGACGCCCCCAUCAUGGUUCUGUUCUACCGCGGGGGCGGGGGCACGCCUAUAUAUACUGUGGACGGACGGUCGACUCCUCUGCCCCACGCGCACCACUGGCAGGACAGCUCCCUCCUCAACUCAGGCGCUCACUUCAACACGGCCAAGGAGGGACCCGCCUUGGUGCUGCGGGCGGUUAGGCGGACCGAUCAAGGGCUGUACCGCUGCCGCGUCGACUUCAGAAGAUCUCGCUCACGAAACUUUCGGAUGAAACUCGACAUUCUGAACAAACAUCUUCAGCAGUCCGGUCUUGUGCCUUUCCUCCAGUCUGCAUCCCGUCAUCUCCACUCGACGGAAAAAGCUGUGCUGAAGGUGCUUCCAGAAAGUAUGCGAGCAGUAGACCGCGACUCGGUUUUACAAGACUUGUCGGCCGCGUUUGACACGGCCGACCACGCCACUUUAUUGCGCCGACUUGACGUAUCUUUCGGCCUGCAUGGCACAGUGCUGCGGUUGAUCGAGUCCUAUCUCAGCAAUAUAUUCCAAUGCGCUCGACGCGGGAACUCUUCUUCUACGCCAUCGUUGGUCACUUGCGGCGUACCACAGGGAUCAGUUAUCGACCCAAUCCUCUUCCUGUUAUAUACUGUCGACGUGUUGCGCAUAAUUGAUUCACAUGUUCCUCCUCGCAGCGCCAGCGUUGUGCAGGCGAGCGGGUCGGCAGUCGCGUCAGGGGUGGUUGGCCCCCACAGGGAAGGUGACAUCGUGGCGCUCCGUUGCGAGGUUCAUGGUGUUCCCCCGGUGACCGGUCGACUAUCGGGCCUGGAGUCCCCCCUCCAGGAGGGGGUGGUGCGGGAGGUGGUGUGUGAGGGGGCGGGCUCCCGCCCCCCCGCCUCCAUAACCUGGCGCUGGAAUGAUGCCCCCAUGGAGCAUUCGCCGCACCAAGAUAUUCGAAUUUCGUACAAGAAUUUCGCCGAUGGAAAUGUGAGUCAAUCGAUUUUGACGAUCGUACCUAAGAAGUCAGACGAAGGAGCGAAGGUGUCGUGCAGAGUUGACAACGCCCGACUUCCUCUCUCUACGAUAGAGGAUCACGGCACCAUCACCGUGCACUAUGUUCCUCAGCUGCAGGUGGAGGCUGGACAAAACAUGGACUUGACUGACAUCAAAGAAGGAGCGGAUGUCUACUUCGAAUGUUCUAUUCAAGCGAACCCUGUCACUGACAGAUUGACAUGGCUCCACAAUGGCAGAGAACUCCACCACAACCUGUCUGCCGGCAUCCUCAUGAGUCACCAGUCUCUGGUGCUGCAGAAACUGCGACGUAACUCAACCGGGGAGUACGUUUGCUCCGCCACCAACGUCAUCGGAACCGGACGUUCCGAGCCCAUCGUGCUCGUCGUGCAGUACGCGCCCGUGUGUCGCCACGCUGAGUCAGACGUGCAGGUGGCAGGCAGGCUCGACAGUCUCAACGUCUCCUGUGACGUUGACGCGUUCCCUCCACCCACCUCGUUCAGGUGCAAACUGUGUCGCAAAUGA